UUACCCAAUCAAUCUCCUAAAACAAUGACAGCCGCACGUUAAACAAAUCCAUGAUGUAAACAGGAGUAAGAUUUUAGAAUGGGGUUGGAGGGCAAUAAGAGAAAGAGGAAUGGGUCCCACCCCAGUCCAGUCCAGUCCAAUCGCACCAUCUCAAUGUUGACCCAACCUUAACCUAACCAGGGUCACGCUGGGUGGGUCAGCUUUUCCCAAAUACACCACACGUGUGGCCAAUUUGGAGUCAGAUGUAGGCACAGAGAGAGAAAGAAAGAGAGAGAGAGCCCCUUCUAGCCCUGCUGGGUACGUUUCUCUGUUCCACUUGGUCCAAUAUAAAAGCCCCCAGCAAGCAAAGCGUAACUAAGCCAAACCCAAAAAUCAGAAUUUGCAGAGCCCUCAGAUUUAGUAACAAACACACACAGAGUAAGAGAGAGAGAGAGACAAAUAUAGAGAUAGAGAGAGAGAGGAACAAAUGCCUGGGAGUUUAGAGCCGUUGGAUUUGGGGGUGCACAUACCAUACCACUUCAGGUGCCCCAUAUCGCUAGAGCUCAUGCGCGACCCCGUUACGGUCAGCACCGGGCAGACCUACGACCGCCCCAGCAUCGAGUCGUGGGUCGCCACGGGCAACACCACCUGCCCCGUCACGCGGGCCCCGCUCUCCGACUUCACUCUCAUCCCCAACCACACCCUACGCCGCCUUAUCCAGGAUUGGUGCGUUGCCAACCGCUCUUUCGGCGUCGAGCGCAUUCCCACCCCCAAACAGCCCGCUGACCCGACCCACAUCCGCCACCUCCUCGCCCAAUCGGCGUCCAAUUCCAACCCGUACCCGACCAGGCUCUCCGCCCUUCGCCGCCUACGUGGCCUCGCCCGCGACCUCGACAAGAACCGCUCUACCAUCUCCUCCCAGAACUCCCGCGAAAUCCUCGUUCAGCUUGUGUUCGCUGAUACCAGCUCGGAAUCUUCCGAGUUGACUCACGAGGCGCUCGCGCUUCUCGUUCUGUUCCCGCUCCCAGAGUCCGACUGCGCAGCGGUGGCGUCGGACCCCGACCGGGUCGCGUACCUGGCCCGGCUUGUUCAGCACUCGUCGAUGGAGGUCCGUGUCAACUCGGCCGCGUUGAUCGAGAACGUCCUGGCCGGGUCGCGGACGGCGGAGCUACGAGCUGAGAUUAGCAAUGUCGACGAAAUCCACCAAGGCGUCGUUUCGAUUCUCCGCAACCCAAUCGCGUAUCCCCGCGCGCUCAAAAUCGGAAUCAAGGCGCUCUUCGCCUUGUGCCUGGUGAAGCAGACCCGAAACAAGGCCGUAUCGGCCGGCGCGCCCGAAACGCUCAUCAAUACCUUGGCCGACUUCGAGAAAUGCGACUCGGAGCGAGCGCUGGCUAACUGGUCCAAGGCAAUUUCAGUCACCUAG